AAGAUACUUUGAAUGGCACUGCCCAGUAACGCCUCCACUGCUCCAGUCUCUGAAUUCCUCCUCAUCUGCUUCCCUAACUACCAGAGUUGGCAGCACUGGCUCUCUCUGCCACUCAGCCUCCUCUUCCUCCUGGCCAUGGGGGCCAAUGCUACCCUCCUGAUCACCAUCCGGCUGGAAGCUUCCCUGCAUGAGCCCAUGUGUUACCUGCUCAGCCUCCUCUCCUUGCUGGAUAUUGUGCUCUGCCUUACUGUCAUCCCUAAAGUCCUGGCCAUCUUCUGGUUUGACCUCAAGUCCAUCAGCUUCUCUGCCUGCUUCCUCCAGAUGUUCAUCAUGAACAGUUUCUUGACCAUGGAGUCUUGCACAUUCAUGGUUAUGGCCUAUGACCGCUAUGUGGCCAUUUGCCACCCCCUGAGAUACUCAUCUAUCAUCACUGACCAAUUUGUGUUGAGGGCUGCCACCUUCGUUGUGGCCCGGAAUGCCCUUUUUUCUCUUCCUGUUCCCAUCCUUUCUUCCAGACUCAAAUACUGUGAUGAGACUAUCAUAAAAAAUUGCAUUUGCACUAACCUGUCUGUGUCCAAACUCUCUUGUGAUGACAUCACAUUAAAUCGACUAUAUCAAUUUGUGGCAGGAUGGACCCUGCUAGGCUCUGACCUGAUCCUUGUUGUUCUCUCCUAUUCUUUUAUUCUGAAAACUGUGCUAAGGAUCAAGGCAGAGGGAGCUAUGGCCAAGGCCCUGAGCACUUGUGGUUCCCACUUCAUCCUCAUCCUCUUCUUCAGCACUGUUCUACUGGUUCUGGUCAUCACUAACCUGGCCAGAAAGAGAAUUCCCUCAGAUAUCCCCAUCCUGCUCAACAUCCUGCACCACCUCAUACCCCCUGCUCUGAAUCCCAUUGUUUAUGGUGUGAGAACUAAGGAGAUCAAGCAGGGAAUCCGGAAACUACUGAGGAAGUUGUAA